AUGGGCGAAUCCAGACAAGAACUCAUCCAGUGGCUGAACCAGCUUCUCUCUCUCAACAUCACAAAGGUCGAGCAAUGCGGUACUGGUGCAGCUCUCUGCCAGGUGUUUGACAGCAUCUUCAUGGAUAUCCCCAUGUCCAGAGUCAAGUUCAACGUCAACAGCGAAUAUGCGUACAUUCAAAACUUCAAGGUGCUGCAGAACUGCUUCCACAAGCACCAAGUCGACAAGCCCAUUCCCGUCGAAGCGUUGGUCAAGUGCAAGAUGCAGGACAAUCUCGAGUUCCUGCAAUGGACCAAGAAGUUCUGGGACCUGAACUUCCCCGACCACGAGUACGACGCAGUCUCCCGACGAAAGGGCGCCCCCGUGCCCUCUGGCGGUGGCCCUGCUCCCCGUGCCGCAUCCGGUACUGGUGCGGCUGCCGCCAGACGGGGUGGUACCACACCUCUCGGUGGUGCGCGCGUUCCCAAGGCGGCAGGCCCCGGCACAGCUGCCCUGCAGCAAGAGAACGCCACUCUCAAGGAGACGGUCGUCGGCCUUGAGCGCGAGCGUGACUUCUACUUCAGCAAGCUCCGCGAUAUCGAGCUCCUGGUGCAGCAGGCCGUGGAGGAGGACCCCGAGCUUGAGAAGCAAGAGGACGGCCUCGUUAAGCAGAUCCAGACUAUCCUGUACUCGACGGAGGAGGGAUUCGAGAUCCCGGCUGAGGGCGAGGCUGUCGACGACCAAGAGACCUUCUAA